GGGGGCGUAGUUUAGUCCAAGUGCACCGCCCAGACGAGGAGAGUCCAAAGUUGGGAGAAGUCCUCCUCGGUCCCGCCGCUGAAUGAAUCUGCAUCCUCGCUCUAUGUGUGGACUAAACCUUCAACCGCCUCCCUACCAUCCAAACACAUUUUUUAAAGGUUUGUUAACCCCCUCAUAGUGGAAUUACCAUUGAGUAGGCAUCACUCCAGCAUCAAAACCCAAACAUCCACCAUGGAGUCCUCCGCUCUUCUUCUUUGCCUCGCUGUUGUCAUCGUCUCUGCCUCAAGCCCGACAUGUGAUCCUGUGAAGCUUAGCGACAAUUCCCAGAAUUACGUGAGGGAGAUGCAAAUAGGCUGUUGGACCAGCUUCAUUGGACAAGACAAGGCCGAGGUCCACAUCCUGAACCUGAACUUUGCUGCCACGGACGGGAAGAUGUUCUCUUUGGAAAUGGCCGAAGCAAGGCCGAUGAACCUGGUCGUCACGUCGCGCGAGACAGCACACUGUCUCAUCAAUGAGGUCAACGCUGGUGUCAACAUUUACAGAAGUAACACCUCCACAGUUGUGCUGCACACCAACAGAAAUCUCAGCAAUGUCCACACUGUCGACUUCCCAAGCGAGGACGAGGAGCUGGUCAAGUGGGCGACCAAGAAGUUCGGAGGUGUGACUUCCUUCACCACCGUCGCCAAUCCUAAAUUGAUGCUCUCAAAGGCAACAGAAGGAACAAAAGCAGGCUCUGAAGAAUGCAUACUCCAAAUUGAAGAUCCCUCAGAAAAGCAGUUCAUGAAGAUUGAAGCAGAGUCCACAUUCAAGUCCUGUUCUCCGCAGCAAAGUGCAGACGACCCCGAUCUUCAUAUCAUAAACAUCCCAGGAGACGCUGACAUGCGCAACGUCUCGGUUCGCGUGGACAGACAGAAGACCAGCGUGUUCCUGCGGGGUCCACAGGGCACCACGUGGACGUUCCUCAAUCUACAGCACACCCAGUUUUGUAGUAACAACGAGAUCCUGCUGCCCGCCUUAGCCCACAGAAUCCCGCCCAAAAUCACGAUGAGCAGUGACAAAGCUGAGGACGUGCAGAGGAAGGCUUUGGAUCAUUUCAAAGUGGCCACGUUCACCAGCUACACCGAAAUCCGAUCGGAAGAGUCGACAUUGUUACUGGUUCUUGGUCAGGAAAGCUCCACAGUGACAACCACAGUAGCAGAACCCACCCUGUCCUCCACCACGGUGCCGCCUGAUCAGAUGCCUCUGUUGAUGCAGCUGUACACCUCCCCGGAUUACCGCUCGCCUCUGGACCCCAACGCCAAGGUGCAGAGCGACAAGAGAAUCUACGCAGAGAUUUCGGGCAACACUCUAGGCGCCAUGGUUUUGACCAUCCAGGUGAUCAGCUGUUUCGUGCGCUCCAAGGGCUCCUGCCCGGUCGUCAAGGAGCUUCCCUUCAUUCCCGAGUACUGCUCCUUGAAUUCCUGUCCCAACAGCACGCGACUCAGCUUCUCCCUGGAUCAGCUCCACGAGCUGACCUCCACCACCUGGGACGUGGAAUGUUCCGUCAAACUUUGCUACAGCCAGAAAUGUGUCGACGGGGGAAGAGUGAAGAGGAACCUGGAGGUCACCCCGCCUUGUCAGCAAACACUAAACCCUCCGUGCUUUGAUUUCGGCCUCCCCGGUGUCCUGGGCAUAGCGUUCGGAGGCUUCCUAAUAGGAGUGUUACUCAUUGGAGCAUUGUGGUUCAUCAAAAUCAAAACAGGUUACCCAACCGGACUGGACAUGGCCUCUCCUCUUUCUUCUGGGUGUCCCUGCUCAGGAGCCAAGCGACAACCGGUGUCCUCCAACCCGUCCCCUUCUGAGAACAGUAGCGCCAACGCCAGCAUCGGCAGCACCAAAAGUACGCCCACCAGCAGCAUGGCAUGAGAUGAGUGAGGGUGACCACCCACCAAACUCCCCCCAGCAGCAGUCCGCAUCUCCCCUUAAAUUCACGGUUUUCUCUCACAAAGCCGCCCUCCUCGCUUCCAUCUAAAAGCACAACCCUCAUCUUUGCCACACAAGCAUGGACGUCCUGGAGAGGGAGGAGGGUCGGCGGGGAAGGGGUGUGACAGCCCACACAACGCCUUAAUGGAUGGCGUGUGACGCUCACCUCUCUUUAAAGUCCGGCUUCUAGACCGGAAGUUAAAGAGUGCAAGAGGAAGAAAAAAUUAAAUUGGCUUCCAAGCAACAGGAAAAACAAACCACAUCCCCCCAAGAGCCCAGCAGGAAAUUCACCGCAUUCCUCCGCAAAUUGUGGCGGCAGCACAAUAAUAGUCGGGACGGGAGAUGAAGCCCAACCAGCACAUCAAAACCAUAUCGUCCAAAUAUUAGGAAGCACUCCUUAAAGAGGUAUUUCUUUUCAUUUGAGGUCAUUUUCUACCUCGGAGAUGUGGACGCCACUUGUUUGUAGCUUAGCAAUUUCAUGCUAACCAUAACAUCUGAUGUAUGUCAUUACUCCAUUCAUGAAAUAUUAUUUAAGGUAGCAUUUCUUUUUAUUUAGAUAAAGUGCUCUUUCUUUAAUGUAGCAUUAACACACACAGACAGACACCAAUACAUUUUUGUCUUGCUAACAUAUUUUAUUUGGACGUGUUGUCACUUCCUGUGUAUGCAGAGAGUUACAGGUGAGUUAUCGUAGCACAUUGUGACGUUACAAGGUGACAGCCUUUUGCCGCUGUCCAACAAAAAGCAAUGCUUCGUGAUUUUUCUUUCCUAGUUUUGUUUUGUUUUAGACAUAUAACACAGGUAUUAAAAAUGAGAAAACUUUAUUCCAAAUAAAAAUGUUUGCAAAACAAAAAAACACCCUAAUCACUUAAUGAAAAUUAAGAAAAGGCUUGUUUGUUGUUAAUUAAAAAAACAAAAACUAAAUCAAUCUUAUUUGUUUCUACAUAAAAAAAGUUGUUAUUAAACAUGUUUUAAACAUAUAACACAAGUAUUAAAAAUGAGAAAACUUUAUUCCAAAAUGAAAUUUUUGCAACACAAAGAAACGCCCUAAUGACUUUUAACGAAAAUUAAGAAAAGGCUUGUUUGUUUUUGUAAUUUAAAAAAACCCCCAACUAAAUCAAUCUUAUUUGUUCCUAUAUAAAAAAGUUAUGUUAUUAAGCAUGUUUUAAACAUAUAACACAGGUAUUAAAAAUGAGAAAACUUUAUUCCAAAAUAAAAUUUUUGCAACACAAAGAAACGCCCUAAUCACUUUUAAUGAAAAUUAAGAAAAGGCUUGUUUGUUGUUAAUUAAAAAAACAAAAACUAAAUCAAUCUUAUUUGUUUCUACAUAAAAAAGUUGUUAUUAAACAUGUUUUAAACAUAUAACACAAGUAUUAAAAAUGAGAAAACUUUAUUCCAAAAUAAAAUUUUUGCAACACAAAGAAACGCCCUAAUGACUUUUAACGAAAAUUAAGAAAAGGCUUGUUUGUUUUUGUAAUUAAAAAAAAAAAACAACUAAAUCAAUCUUAUUUGUUCCUAUAUAAAAAAGUUAUGUUAUUAAGCAUGUUUUAAACAUAUAACACAGGUAUUAAAAAUGAGAAAACUUUAUUCCAAAAUAAAAUUUUUGCAACACAAAGAAACGCCCUAAUCACUUUUAACGAAAAUUAAGAAAAGGCUUGUUUGUUGUUAAUUAAAAAAACAAAAACUAAAUCAAUCUUAUUUGUUCCUACAUAAAAAAAAGUUCUGUUAUUAAACAUGUUUUAAACAUAUAACACAGGUAUUAAAAAUGAGAAAACUUAAUUCCAAAUUAAAAUGCUUGCAAAACAAAGAAACGGCCUAAUCACUUUCAACGAAAAUUAAGAAAAGGCUUGUUUGUUGUUAAUUAAAAAAACUAAAUCAAUCUUAUUUGUUCUUACAUAAAAAAGUUAUGUUAUUAAACAUGUUUUAAACAUAUAACACAGGUAAUAAAAAUGAGAAAACUUAAUUCCAAAUUAAAGUUUUUGCAAAACAAAGAAACGCCCUAAUCACUUUCAACGAAAAUUAAGAAAAGGCUUGUUUGUUGUUAAUCAAAAAAACAAAAACUAAAUAAAUCUUAUUUGUUUCCACAUAAAAAGUUAUGUUAUCCCCCACCCCCUCUUAUUCUUUGUUUAUUCGAAAAAUCUAAUUCUCAUUUGUUAUUUAUCUGAAAAAUGCCAAAAUAAUCAUAUUCUUUGUUUACCCAAAAAACGUAAUUCUCAUUGGUUGUUUAUCCAAAAAACGCUAAAAUAGUCUUAUUCGAUGUUAAUCCGAAAUACAAUAUUCCCGCUUGUUUAUCGGAAAAAAGGCUAAAACGUUGGAAAAGUCAUUCUUUGUUUAUCCAAUAAAUUUAAUUCUCAUUUGUUGUUUAUUUGAAAAAUGCCGAAAUAAUCGUAUUCAUUGUUUAUCCGAAAAACGUAAUUCUCAUUGGUUGUUUUGUCCGAAAUCGCUGAAAUAGUUUUCUUCGAUGUUUAUCCGAAAUACAAUAUUCCUCCUUGUUUAUCGAAAAAAAGGCUGAAAAAAAUGGAAAAGUCUUAUUCUUUGUUUAUUCGAAAAAUUGAAUUCUCAUUUGUUGUCUAUCUGAAAAACGCCGACAUAAUCGUAUUCUUUGUUUAUCCGAAAAAGAUAAUUCUCAUUGUUUGUUUAUCCGCAAAACGCUGAAAUAGUCUUACUUGAUGUUUAUCCGAAAUACAAAAUUCCCGCUUGUUCAUCCGAAAAAAGGCAAAAAAAACAUGUUUAUCGGAACAAAAACUUUGGAAAGGUCUUAUUCUUUGUUUAUCCGAAAAAUGUAAUUCUCAUUUGUUGUUUAUUUGAAAAACGCUGAAAUAAUCGUAUUCUUUGUUUAUCCGAAAAACGUAAUUCUCAUUGGUUGUUUUGUCCGAAAAACGCUGAAAUAGUUUUCUUCGAUGUUUAUCCGAAAUACAAUAUUCCCGCUUGUUUAUCGGAAAAAAGGCUAAAAAAAAUGUUGUUGUUUAUCGGAACAAAAACGCUGGAAAAGUCUCAUUGAUUGUUUAUCGGAAAAACGCUGAAAUUGUCUUAUUCGAUGUUUAUCCAAAAUACAAUAUUCCCACUUGUUUAUCGGAAAAAAGGCUAAAAAAAAAAAUGAUGUUGUUUAUCGGAAUAAAAACGCUGGAAAAGUUUAAUUGGUUGUUUAUCCGAAAAACACUGAAAUAGUCUUAUUCGAUGUUUAUGCGGAAUACAAUACUAUCGCUUGUUUAACCGAAAAAUGUAUUUCUCAUUUGUUGUUUAUCUAAAAAAACGCCGAAAUAAUCUUAUUCUUUCUUUAUCCGAAAAAUGUAUUUCUCAUUUGUUGUUUAUCUAAAAAACGCUGAAAUAGUCUUAUUCGAUGUUUAUCCGAAAAACGACAUUCUCAGCUGUUGUUUAUCCAAAAAAACAACAUUUUUAUUCAUCCAAAAAAUUACAUUCUCUGGAGAGGUAUUUUUCGUUGGUUUUCUGAAAAAAUAAAUUUUCAUUUCUUAUCUAAAAACACUGGAAAAGUCGUAUCGGUUGUUUAUUCGAAAAACCCCCGCCCCCUCAAAAACACUGUUUAGCCCAAAAAUUUAGACUUUUUAAUAGGUCUCUGCUUAUUAUUGGAAAUUGACAAUUUUUUUCAUCUGUCUUCAUCAUUUGCAAGCGCAAUGCUACUGUUUGUCCCUGUCUGUGAGCGUGUUUUUGCAAAGUAUGUGACGGAUUGACGAGGGCCAGUAGAAAUUGCCACUUGGAGUGUUUGUGCAAUAUGAGCGGAGGGGAUUAAGGGUGGGCAGAACAUCAUAAUGUCCAUACACCGAUUCUUCGUUGUCCUCUUUUGAUUCACAUGUUUAUAGUUGAAGUUGUUAAUCACUUAGUGUACAAGUGCUGCUGUAAAUCGGACGCCACUAUAAUGAUCGUAUCAAGUAAUGUAGAAGACCUGUCUAACGUAUCUCAUGUCUAUAUUUUGUAUGAUACUGUAACUGUACUAUGAUGUCCUCCAUUUGAAGAAUUGGGACCAACCACAAUGAAGGCACUUAUUCAAUGCACAAGAUUUUGUUUUUGUAUUUGUAUAGUUUGUUUUUUGUUUCUCUUAGAUUACAUUGUGCGAACAGUGUCAUGAUUUUUGACCCCUUUUUCUCGGAGCCCCCUGUUGUCCAAAGACAUGAUAUCCUGACAUUGUGUUCAUUGUCUAGCACACACACACACACAUGCACACACACACACACACGUUUGUUACCUCAUCUCCACUCCAUCUGUUUUUUUUGUUUAGUUUAGUUUUUUUUACCAAAUUCUGCAAAAUGAAUUCAAUACACACCAUCCGCGUUUUUUGUUUUGAACAUGCCAUUAUGUCGAGACAGUACUCAAAGGACCGAUUGUAUUUCUAUGUUUGUUUGUGAAGGACUUCAGAUUUUGUAUGAAUAUCAUCUUAAUAAAGUGAAUAUU